GUGUAGAAAUAUAUAAUAUAUAAUACUAAGAUAACCUAGUGGUGUUUUUAAUAAAUAAAAAAAUAAUUUAAUAUAUAAAUAUUUAAUAAUGAAUAAAAUUUAUAAUAUUAUCGCGAGACGAUCAAUUUUUCAGAGCACUCGUUUGCUUUGUUUUUGUCAUCGACAAGUAAAACUUCAUUAUCAUGUCAAUCAUAAUAUUUGGAUGAAUAAUUUUAUACAGGAUAGUCUUAAUUUAUCAAUAAUCAAAAGAUUUAAGCACAAGAAGAAAAAUUUGAAGAAAGCAAAAGUGGAUGAUCUUGAGUCGGAUGAAGAAGAUGAAUCAGAUUUAGAACUAGACGAAUCACAGAGUAAAUCUGUAAUAGCAAAUAUUAAAGUUAAUUCUUUACGCGUAGAUUCUAUAAUUAAAAAUGGAACUGGUAUAUCACGCAAAAAUAUAGAGACUGCAUUUUAUGAAAGUAAAAUCUUUAUUAAUGGGAAAAAAGUGCUGAAAAUGUCUACAGAGGUUCAAGUUGAUGAUGAAAUUGAUAUUAUCCGUGGCCGACCUAAUGCAAAUAUAAAUCAACUUAUAGUAUCACGAAUUACAAUUUUAUCAAUUACUCCAAUAUCGGAGGCUAUUAGGGUUAAAAUAGCUAAGGAUAAAAAUUUAUUAAUUGAAGAAUAUCCUAGUUAAAUCAGUCUAAAUCAAUUUAAUAUUUAGUAGGUAAAUAUAUAUGUAACAUUCAUUCAUGUUAUAUAUAGAUUUUUAUUAAACAAAAAAAAAUGUUAUAAAAUAUUGUAUAUAAAU